CCCUUCUGAGUCCGUUUAGCGCCUGGAGCCUGCGCUCCCUCCCCGAGCAGGAAAGGAGCGGCAGCCAGUCUCGCAAGUUCUAUUUAUAGCGUUUUAUUUCCUGAGAGAAGACAGGGGAAGCAAGCGCCUUCCUCCCCGCCAAGGCCCCUCCCCUGCCGGCCCCCGCACCCGUGUGCCAGGUGCUCGGAGAGCGGAACGGGAUCGGAGGGGGUUAGGUCACUCCUUCGAAGGAUGCAGCGCUCCCUCCCGGCGUGACUGACAGCGCCACCCAGGAGCCCGGAGCUAUAAGGAGGAGCCUGCUGCCCGGCGGCCAGUGCGGCGCUGACCCCGCUGCUGGCUCGCAGGACCCGGCGCUCCGGCUCCGUCCCCAGCCCGGCCGCCCCGCACAGCCGUCACGCCCAGGGUUCCGCAGCCGAAGGCAGGAUGCUCUGGAACCUGGUCCUGCUCGCCCUCUGGGCCGCGUCCGGCGCGCAAGCUGGUGACCCGGACGAGGACACUGCCUUCAACCUUUUCAGCGUCAGCAACAUAAACCGGAAGACCAUCGGGGCCAAGCAGUUCCGGGGCCCCGACCCCAGCGUGCCGGCGUACCGGUUUGUCCGCUUUGACUACAUCCCGCCGGUGAGCGCGGAUUCCCUGAGCAAGAUCGCCAAGAUCGCGCGGCAGAAAGAGGGGUUCUUCCUGACGGCCAGCCUGAAGCAGGACCCCAAGUCCCGGGGCACGCUCCUGGCUCUGGAGGGCCCCGGCGCCUCCCAGAGGCAAUUCGAGAUCGUGUCCAACGGCCCGGCAGACACGCUGGACCUCACCUACUGGACGGACGGCGCUCAGCACGUCAUCUCCCUGGAGGACGUGGGCCUGGCCGACUCCCAGUGGAAGAACGUCACCGUGCAGGUGACAGGGGAGACCUACAGCUUGUACGUGGGCUGCGACCUGAUCGACAGCUUCACGCUGGACGAGCCCUUCUACGAGCAGCUGCAGACGGAGAAGAGCAGGAUGUACGUGGCCAAGGGCUCGGCCCGAGACAACCACUUCCGGGGGCUGCUGCAGAACGUCUACCUGGUGUUCGAGAAUUCAGUGGAGGAUGUUCUAAGCAAGAAAGGCUGUCAGCAAAGUCAAGGAGCCGAAGCCAACGCCAUCAGCGAGAACACGGACACGCUGCACCUGAGCCCGCAGGUGGGCACCGAGUACGCAGGCCCGGGCACGCUCAGGAGGCCGGAGGUGUGUGAGCGCUCGUGCGAGGAGCUGGGCACCAUGAUCACCGAGCUGUCGGGGCUGCACGUCAUCGUGAACCAGCUGCAUGAGAGCCUGCGGAAAGUGUCCAGUGACAACCAGGUGCUGUGGGAGCUCAUUGGCGGCCCGCCCAGGACCAGGAACGUGUCCGCCUGCUGGCAGGAUGGCCGGUUCUUCUCGGAGAAUGAAACCUGGGUGGUGGACAGCUGCACCAAGUGCACCUGCAGGAAAUUUAAAACCGUUUGCCACCAAAUCACCUGCCCUCCAGCGACCUGUGCCAACCCGUCCUUCGUGGAGGGAGAAUGCUGCCCUUCCUGCCUCCACUCGCUGGACGGCGAGGAGGGCUGGUCGCCGUGGGCUGAGUGGACCCACUGCUCGGCCACCUGCGGGUCAGGCACCCAGCAGAGAGGACGGUCAUGUGACGUCACCAGCAACAGCUGCCCGGGGCCGUCCAUCCAGACGCGGGCGUGCAGCCUGGGCAAGUGCGACCGCCGCAUCCGGCAGGACGGGGGCUGGAGCCACUGGUCGCCGUGGUCCUCGUGCUCCGUGACCUGCGGCAUGGGAAACAUCACGCGCAUCCGGCUCUGCAACUCGCCUGUCCCGCAGCUGGGGGGCAAGAGCUGCAAGGGGAGCGGCCGGGAGACCAAGAGCUGCCAGGGCGUCCCGUGUCCGGUCGAUGGCCGGUGGAGCCCCUGGUCCCCGUGGUCAGCCUGCACCGUCACCUGUGCCGGAGGGAUCCGGGAGCGGACGCGCGUCUGUAACAGCCCCGAGCCCCAGCACGGGGGCAAGGACUGCGUGGGGGACGUCCAGGAGCGUCAGAUGUGCAACAAACGGAGCUGCCCCGUAGACGGCUGCUUGUCCAGCCCGUGCUUCCCGGGAGCCGAGUGCAGCAGCUUUCCGGACGGGUCCUGGUCCUGCGGCGCCUGCCCCGUGGGCUUCCUAGGCAACGGCACGCACUGUGAGGACCUGGACGAGUGCGCCGUCGUCACCGAUGUCUGCGUCACAGUGGGCAAAGCGCACCGCUGCGUCAACACCAACCCCGGCUUCCACUGCCUGCCGUGCCCUCCUCGAUACAAAGGGACCCAGCCCUUCGGCGUCGGCCUGGAGGCGGCCAGGACCGACAAGCAGGUGUGUGAGCCUGAGAAUCCGUGCAAGGACAAGACGCACCACUGCCACAAGCACGCGGAGUGCAUCUACCUGGGGCACUUCAGCGACCCCAUGUUCAAGUGUGAGUGCCAGACGGGCUACGCCGGCGACGGGCUCAUCUGCGGGGAGGACUCGGACCUGGACGGCUGGCCCAACAAGAACCUGGUCUGCGCCACCAACGCCACCUACCACUGCGUCAAGGACAACUGCCCCCUGCUGCCGAAUUCUGGGCAGGAAGACUUUGACAAGGACGGCACGGGUGACGCCUGUGAUGGCGAUGAUGACAAUGACGGCGUGGACGACGAGAAGGACAACUGCCAGCUUCUCUUCAACCCGCGCCAGUUCGACUAUGACAAGGAUGAGGUUGGGGACCGCUGUGACAACUGCCCGUACGUGCACAACCCAGCCCAGAUCGACACGGACCACAACGGCGAGGGUGACGCGUGCUCCGUGGACAUCGACGGAGACGACGUCUUCAAUGAGAGGGACAACUGUCCCUAUGUGUACAACACCGACCAGAGGGACACGGACGGGGAUGGCGUGGGCGAUCACUGCGACAACUGCCCCCUGGUGCACAACCCGGAUCAGACGGACAUGGACAACGACCUCGUGGGAGACCAGUGUGACAACAACGAUGACAUCGAUGAUGACGGCCACCAGAACAACCAGGACAACUGCCCCUACAUCCCCAAUGCCAACCAGGCUGAUCACGACCACGAUGGCCAGGGCGACGCCUGUGACUCGGACGAUGACAAUGACGGGGUCCCAGACGACAGGGACAACUGUCGGCUAGUUUCCAACCCAGGCCAGGAGGACUCAGAUGGUGACGGGCGUGGGGACGCUUGCAAAGACGACUUUGACAACGACAGUAUCCCAGACAUCGAUGACGUGUGUCCUGAAAACAGCGCCAUCAGUGAGACUGACUUCAGGAACUUCCAGAUGGUCCACCUGGACCCCAAGGGCACCACUCAGAUAGACCCCAACUGGGUCAUUCGCCAUCAGGGCAAGGAGCUGGUGCAGACGGCCAACUCGGACCCUGGCAUUGCUGUCGGUUUUGACGAGUUUGGGUCCGUGGACUUCAGUGGCACAUUCUACGUCAACACCGACAGGGAUGAUGACUAUGCUGGCUUCGUCUUCGGCUACCAGUCCAGCAGCCGCUUCUACGUGGUCAUGUGGAAGCAGGUCACGCAGACCUACUGGGAGGACCAGCCCACGCGGGCCUACGGCUACUCGGGCGUGUCCCUCAAGGUGGUGAACUCCACCACGGGCACCGGCGAGCACCUGCGGAAUGCGCUGUGGCACACGGGGAACACGCAGGGCCAGGUGCGCACGCUGUGGCAUGACCCCAAAAACAUUGGCUGGAAAGACUACACUGCUUACAGGUGGCACCUGACCCACAGACCGAAGACGGGCUACAUCAGAGUCUUAGUGCAUGAAGGAAAGCAGGUCAUGGCAGACUCGGGACCCAUCUACGACCAGACGUACGCCGGCGGGCGGCUGGGUCUGUUCGUCUUCUCUCAAGAAAUGGUCUAUUUCUCGGACCUUAAAUACGAAUGCCGAGAUGUCUGAACGGGACGGGCUGCACUUCCGGAAUGUACUGUAGAUGCCGUUGCCUCGACCCCUAGUCCGUGUGGGUGCUUCCGGCUUCGCUCGCUUUAGCAGCAGCUCCUGCCCUCGACCCUGACUUUGGGGGUCCUUCACCGACAUCACCCUGUGCCCAGGCGCCUUCAGAGCAGACUGCCCGUGGGCCCCACAGGUGACCGUCCGCCCGGAAGACAGCUGAUGACAUAGGGACUCUGUGCAGUGAGAACCGAGCGCGGCAUUACGUGCUUCUUGUUUGUUUAAAAAGAAUGACGUUUACAUAUAAAAUGUAAUUACUUAUUGUAUUUAUGUGUAUAUGGAGUGGAAGGGAAUAUUGUGCGCAAGCCACUAUCAUAAAUUAAGCGGAAACAAUACAGCGACACGACUUUGAGUGCUUCAGCCCUUCCCACGCUUGGGUCCGAGGUGCUUGCCGACAGCGGGUCCCGGCGGGCUCGCUGCGUCCGGAGUUGUGCGGAUGGCCGGGGGCGGGCGCCCUCGCACGGCGUGGGGGGCCAGCGCGCUCUUACUAGAACAUGAAGGGUGAUCAGGAGGGCGGACGAAGCCCCUUCCCCCACUGUCCCGCCCCGCCGUGGGGUCCGGAGUCCAGAGUCGGUCCUCGGCCUCCGAUAGUGAGGUUAGCAGAGUGCAGGGGCGCCCGGUGGGGGGCUGGAGGGAACUCCAGUCGUGUCUCUGGGUUCUGCUUCCCGCGGCCAGGGUCUCCGCGGGAGCUUUCCCAGUCCCUGCUCCUGACGCACGAAGCAGCCAGUGCACUUUAGCAUCUAAUCCCUCCUCUGGGCUUUGCAGCGAAGCAAAAGUUGCUUACCUAGUCUGGCAACACUUCAUGAAGGUUCCAGUUAUACAUGGUUUGUUAGUAUUUAUUAAAUGGCUUCAGAAUGCAGCUUCACUGACCAGUAACUUAUUUUGAGUAUGUGCAGUAACACGUGUGGAGCAUGAUUUCUGGGAGUAGAUGUAUAGCGCAUAUGUGACACAGAGACGCAGUUACAAAAGUAUCUUCCUGUCAAGGUACACGUUUUACCACGUGCUGUGGUCACGAUAAAGCUUCACACGGAGGGGAGUCGGCAAAUGACGGAGACUCGAUAAAGGACCUUAAUCUACACCGUUGCCCCGCGCUGGCCCAGUGUGUGCUCCUGUUCUCUGCGGCACAGAGGGCUCAAAACCUCACGUGCUGAAGGAAAGGCAGCAUCAAGCCUUGCCACACACGCCCAUCCAUCACACAGCGACACACACAGUUUUGUUUUGUUUUUUGCUUUCAACUGCGUGUUCUUUCUACAGGAAAUAUUAAUCUCCCUCCGCUUACGGGUUUAAUAAGAGAAGUUUGUCUCAUCUGGCUGACGCGGGCAAAUCCUUCUCCCCUUUUAGUUGAUCGUGAUCUCAUUUCUAUGUGAAAUACAGAGGAUCAUAACUCUUGUCCUCACUUGUACAUUUCAUUCGAUAAAGUUGUAUUUGUUGCUUCCUUUGAGGUUGACUUUUUGUUUUGCUGCACUUUGGAUUUACUCUGUGGAGCUGUGUUCCCAGACAGCGGGGGUUUGGGGACUGGACUAAAGUAAUGGCCGCCCAGAGCGCACCGCGUCUGGGUCGCCUGACGGACGACACGGCAGUGCGCGGUGACGAUGUGAAUAUUCAGAAUGUACCAUAUUUUUUUGGGUAAAUUAUUUAUGUUUUUUUUUGAACAAACUUCUCUUCCAGAUUGAUGAAACUUCAUUUGUUUUGCCAAAGACUGUAAAUAUUUAUUUAUUUGUUCACAUGGUCAAAAUCUCAUCACUGAAACCCUGCAUUUACUUAGCUAGAGCCUCAUUUUUAUACUUUAAAGAUUAAUAACAGGAAAUAAAUUGUACAAAGGUUUUCUAUAAA